UUAAAUCGAAAAUGAUUUAGUAAAGGCAAAUUUAGAUAUAACGAUAUAAGGAUCUCCUUGUCAUUUACUUGCUUUAGAUUAAUAAGAUGAUGUAGGUUCACAUAUAGCCGAUUAUAUUGAGACUUUAACAAAAACAAAAAUAAUAAAUGGUAUAGAAUCUCCUUAUACAUAAUUUGGAUUUAAUACUAAUAGUUAUUCACCUUAUGAUAAUAUGAAAUUUAUACUUGAGGGAAAAAAUGAUUUUGAUUAAUAUUUGAAAAUUAUUCCUGUUUAAUAUCAUUAUAAUAAAAAAGGUAUUCAUACAAAUUAAUACAAAUAUGCUAUAAAAUAAUAAGAAGAUAUUCCUUAAAUUACUUUUAAAUAUGAAGUUUCACCAAUAAAUAUUGUCUAUAAUACUUAAAAAUAAAGCUUUUAUCAUUUCUUAGUUUAAGUAUGUGCUAUUGUAGGAGGUAUUUUUUCAGUAAUUGGCAUAAUAAAUAGCCUUACAAGUGGAGUUAUCUCAAAAAUAAGAGGCUGA